AGUGCCCAAGAGUCAUCAGAGGUCCAGGAUGAGCUGAAUGAGAAGGUGGACAGACUGAAGGCUGAGCUCGUGGUCUUCAAGAGCCUGAUGAGCGACCAAAUGUCUGACCUGGACACCAAGAUCCAGGAGAAAGCCCGGCGGGUGGACAUGGACAUCUGCAGGCGUAUUGACAUCACAGCUAAACUGUGUGAUGUAGCACAGCAACGCAACUCAGAAGACAUGUCAAAAAUGUUCAAUGUCAGCCCUGCAAGGUCCAUUCCAGAUAAGGGGACCGUAGGAUGCUGCAGGAGAAAGGAGCGUAAAGGCGUGUCCGACGAGGAGAAUUCGGAGAUGGAUGCCGAGCCAAGCACUUCGGAGGAGGAGGUUCCCGGGUCGCUCAACAUCACGGACGAGAUGAAACGCAUGCUCAACCAGCUACAUUGUUCAGAUAACUCCUUUGUUGCCAGGCGUGAGACGUUUGAAAUUGACGACGACUGCGACAGUCUGACGUGGGAGGAAAAUGAGGAGACCCUGCUGCUGUGGGAGGAUUUCACAAACUACAACGUGCCGUGCACCAUCGCCACAAGGACCUGCACAGCUACCUGCCCCAGUGAAGGCAGUGGAGAAGCUGUCGAUCCAGAUUCCCAGGAUGGAAGUCUUGGCAGCCUCAUUGAUGAAACGGAGUCGAUAUUUAAGAACCGAGAGCAGAAGUACCAGGAGACCAUCGGCCAGAUUGAGAUGGAGCUGGCGACAGCAAAGAGCGACAUGAACCGUCACCUCCAUGAGUACAUGGAGAUGUGCAGCAUGAAAAGAGGCCUCGACGUGCAGAUGGAGACCUGUCGGCGGAUGAUCAAAGGUGGCAGGAACUCUCCCUCUUUCAGCUCCGUGGCUAGCAGCGACUCAGGGAACACAGACGAGAUCCAGGAUGAGAUCUCGGACAAGGACGCAGAAGCUGAAGUCCCAGUUAGUUGAUGGCCGCACAGCUGGGUUUUGACUCCUCGCCUCCCGUUUGCUCAUAAUAAUCAAUGAGGUGGGGUUUAAAAGCGUACACAGCUUGACCUGACGGGAGGUGAAACCUAAAUCUGAGUCCGUUUGACCAAGUUCUGGUGCAGGUUUAGAACUGGUGCUUUUAUACUAUUUCUGUUGUUUAGAACGUGGUGGCGGGGGUGUCUUUGCUUUGUAAAAAGAUAGGGAAGCAAAAGCAGACACGGAAUUGUGCUCUUCCUCCUCGCUGCCUCAAUGGAUUCUGAUGCAGGGCUUUGCAUAAUUUUCUUGGGGUGGAAAACAAACAAAAAAAGCCUUAAUAUAUAUUUAAACAGGCUCAGAAAAGUUUUUCUAUCCUAUUAAAAUCCUUUUUUUCUAAAGGAAUUGAAUACAGUACAUAUUGUACUCCUCUAUUCACCAAAACGACGACAAAAAAUACAUACUUCUUUUAUUUGUUUCGGAAAAACGUUGGGUCUUGCCCCUCCUCCCCCCACUUGUUUUGUGUUAUUUUAGUUCAGGUGUGGUAUUUGCAAUCCAAAUUAAAGUGUUGGGGUUUAAGUGUCUUCUGUCAGGGGGACAAAGAGGAGUAGAAACGAAUGGUGUUCCAGUUCUGGCGGUUUCUGAGGGAACUCUGCAGGCUUGCCAAAGUUGACGGAGGAAAGGAGCACAGCCUUUUCAUGCAUUGGUGCACUACUGAAGUUCUAUGCAAUUUAGCUGGCCUUAUUCUUUUGUACAGGCUGCCACCGUUUGUAGCUUCUCUUACAACCAUUAGCCUUUAGUACAGCAGAUGUUUUUAGUAUGUACGUCUUAUUCUCUUACAGUGAUCUUUGUUGGGGACGUUACCUGAAUCAGUGCCCCAAAUAUAUUAUUUUGUGGCGAUAUGUGUUUGCCAGGUGUUUAUUUGCAGCUGGAAGAGUUGAUGCAAACCUCACUCAUGUCUUAUGCUGAUAAGUUGUACACAUCAUUUGAAAAGGCACAGAACCGUCAAAGCUAUACUCCCUCCUAACUGUCAUGCAAAACCAAAGGUCAUAUUUUAAAAUGCUUCUUAUUUUUGGGUCAAAGUGAUGUAAAAUUUGUUUAAUGUAUUUUUUUUUUCUAAGCAGUGACUGUCUUGGAAAAGUGGUUUCAGUGUAAGUUUGUUAAAUUCUGAUUUCACAUCAUCUCCAGCUGUUCUGAAGGGAACUUUGUUUCAGCCAGAUUUCACUUCCUGCUUUGUUUCGUCUGAAAAGGAGCUAGAAAUGUCAAGAUUGUACAUAGACGUUUGAAGGCAUGUGAUUGUUUUACCCCAGAGGCCUUUUUAGUUUUGUUUUUAUAUCAGUCUACAGACUGGGAGAAUUUAUCUGUUCAUCACAGAAAAUGGUUAAAGCAUGAAGACAGCAGUGCUGUUCAAACCAUCUCUUCUUUAAGAAAACACAAAUGUAUGUGCAGUUUGUGACUCAAAGAUUAAGUGCUACUUCUAUCUUGAAGUUUUUCAGAAGCAGAAUGUUGAAUUUUUACCCUUUGGCUUUUUUACGCAUGCUGAUGGAGCAAAAGAAAGGAGCCAUGGGGUUAUUUUUGUUGUUUGUUUUGUUUUUAUAAAGUUUUAUUUUGAACUCAAAAACGCUGCAAUACAGACUCUGUUGUGUCAUUGCAUAUGUGCAGCAGAAAGUGUGCUUUUCAAAGAUUUUACCGACUGUGUUAACUAUUAAACUGUGUUGCCAUAUUAAUCGUUUUUAAUUCCACAGAUAGAUUACAUUCUUUCCAGAUCUUUAGUCUUUUCUUGAUGCUAACAGAAAGCUAAUUGUUAAUACAGACAAAAGUGAAGAACCUCAUUUCUGAUGAAAAUGUCCAACUUUUUCAUUAAGUUGAUUUAAAACCAGCCUAAUAAGAGCCAUUCUUUUACUGGUACUGUACUUUGCAGCGGCUGUGUCACAUAAUUUAAUGACUAUCAUUCAGGAACAGCGGGUCCUCUUGUCUUCUGCAGUCUCCUGACUAUCACACUAACCAGCCAACCAACACAAACACAUACAGUAACGUGACAAAGAUCAUGAUACUCACUCUGGAAAGCUGUGCAGUCUCAGUGUACAUGCCCAUUAGUAACUCCUGCAAACUACUUUAUCUCCACUUUCCCGUCACUUUAAGCAGGUUCCAGGUGUUCUCAGUGAAAAAUGUUUCAGCAACUCAUUUUGUUGAAUGCAGUUUGGUUUCAGGAACCCCUAAGACCCAAAAUUAAUAACUGUGCUAAAUAACAUGUAGCUGUUAAAAAUGCAGGGAUACGUGGCAUGUGUUUACUUUUUGGUUGCUUUACUAAACAAGUUCUCAACCUGACCAACGUAAGGUGUGUGAUGGACGUUAUGUCCAUUAGAUCCUAGUGGAUGUGAAUGUUUCUUAUUAAAAAGUGUGUGUGUGUGUGUGUGUGUGUGUGGGGGGGGGGGGGGUUAAUACGGGCAGGCUUUUUUUAAACUUGGGGGAUGAUGGCUUUGUGUUUGUUGUCAACAUUUAAUUUAACACCAUUACUCGCAUACAUAUCGGCUUUUAAAAAUCACUGUAUCGUUUAAUUUUAUGAUUAUGACAAGAUGUCACAGCAAUUUGUUUUGGCGAAAAGCUGCUUAACUCAAUGAGAAACGACUUUAUUUUUUAAUGCGGCUCACGGGUAGCAUCUUUUUUUGUUUUGUUUUUAAGUGGCUGUUUUAUUGAAGUUUUUGUUGUCCUCUUUCUUAGUUUUGUAUUUUCUUAUCAUUUGUCUUUACUAUUUAUACAGUGUAUUCAUGUUGGUGUUGGGCAGUCUUAGUUUUAAAGGUAUGAAUGUACUCAACUGAUUUGGGGGUAAAAUGAAAUAAAACGGUGAACUGGAUAAAAACAACAAAAAAA